AUGGCUGAACAAAAUGCUACUGAUAUACAAGGAGAGAGUAUAGAGGAAUGUACUCACAACUGUUUUGAAACCUGUAUCAAACAAUUUAUAGAAUGUUCCAAAUUGCCACGUAACUCAAGCUUUAAUUUGAAUCAAGUUCCAUGCCAUUGCAACUUCUGUUGCAAAGAAAAAAAACAGACCAAGUUGGAGUUUGAAAAGGACAAUACCUUUAUUUCCUUACGAUCACCACACAAAAUGGAAAAUAUUUCAGGCGGCAAGCUAUCAGAAGAAAUUAAGGAAAAUGAUUUUGAGGUGUUAGGAUCACCAGCCCUUCUAGUAGAAAGUGGAGAAGAAGGAGAGAAAUCAUGUGCAAAACAGUUUAGCAAGUCUAAGGGCUUUUCUUCAGGAAAAGAAAUGGAGGAGUUAUGUAUUGAAGAACCAGCCUCUAAACAAAUAAAAAGAAGUUCAGCUACUUUAAAGCCAGAAGAGGAAUGUGAAUUUUUAAUAGAGGAAUAUUUGUCUUCUGCACCUUGGUUUUCAAUUUCUGGAAAGAAACAAAAACUACCGAAAAGGACAACAUCUGCUUCCUUUGAAGGAAGCCAGGAAGCUAAGCAGCAUAAUAAAAUAAAAAAAAAUAAAAGGGAGUUGAAGAAAACAGUUAUGCCAAUUCCAUUACAGGAAAUAAAUACAACAUUAUGUAAUGUUGGUGAAAGAUGUUUUGAUGGAUUUCAAAAUGCUUCAAGAAUUAAACAAGUAAUAGCUGUGGAGAAUAAUAAAUCACAAUUGGUUAUGCCUUUUGUUACCUCCCAAGAAACAAGGAAACAAAUUCAUUCUAAAAAUAACUAUAAAAAUUCAGGAGAAAUGCAUAACACAAGUUACCCAAAAAGUAAAAAGCGAGCAAAAGGCCGUAUACCUUUACUAGAAGCAGAUGAAAAGUUAUCAGUCCAGAUACAACCUCUAGAAAUUACAAAACAAAGCUUAUCACGGAAUAAGCUGACCACACUGAGAAAAGUGCAAUAUGAAAAACAAGAGGACUCAGGAGUCAUGCCAUAA